CAUUGCCCGAGGGGGAGCGUUUUGAUAGAGGCUUACGAUUUUCAAGGCACGCUAUCUGGUUUACGUUUAUUUCCACGGUCUCUUUGUCAACGAGUGUAACGGAAAAUAACGUUCGUGUAAUCAAUGGCUGCUGUGAAAGACGAAGAAUAUGAUCUCGCCUUCUUGGAUGAAGAUAAUAUCGAUCAAGAUGAAACCGACGCUGCUACAACUCGACUUAUCCAACUUGAAAAAGAUUCGGAAAUCCCAACACGAUAUUUGGUUCGGAAGAUAUUUUCUCCGCAUUUGGAACCGCCAUAUCACUACCAUCCUGCCUCAGAAGUGUCCCAGAGACGGAAAAAGGUCCACAGUAAAUGGGGUUCUGAAGUGGGUAAAGCUUGGCACAGUUACUCUCGUCAAGAUGACCUUGUAGCUUUAUUAAGCUUUGAAAGCACUUCUAGUUCAAGUGUCUCCAGUCUUGAUGAAGCAGUCAUUAGGAGGGUAAUAGAAGCUCUAUCAAAGAAGAGUGGUGAUACCAAACUUGAACCUCUUCGCUUCAGUGGCCUUCAGCUUCUAAUGAAGUUUUCAAGCUCUGCUGGUUAUGAAGCUCUUGGUAAAUGCUUUCUGGAGGGCAAAAUAGAGGAAAUCUCCCAUCUUAAGCUCACUGAGAUUCAAGGUAUGCUUUUCAAGUAUUUUUCACAAAAUAACUGCAUAAAAUGCAGGCUUAGAGUAGAUGGUAAAGAACCAGAGCACAAAUUUACCAAUGGAGCAAGCCCAACAAAUUCUCCGGCUUCCAAGACCAGACGCAUGGAUAACGGAAGUCUUACAUCCCCAGCACUGGGUGUUAUGUUGAUGUUUACACAGCGAGCGCAGAAGAAUUCUGAAAGCUGUUUGAAUGUAGUCAAGGGAAACUCUAGAGAUUGGGAGAAGGUCAACAUGCCGCCAGCUAUCUCAGAUGGGGACGAGGUGUAUUUCAAAGCUGCAAAUAACGAUGGUCCUCUGUUUGCGGUCAAGAAAUUAUCACCUUGUCCUGGAGUUCGCAUUCUACUUUUUGUGAACAAAGACAUGGAUGAAGUAGAGAGAUUUUACUCCUUGAUCACUGGUAAAACACCACUGGCCUAUAACAAGAUAGAAGAAGGCCUUAGCUACCGCAAGUUUCCUCUCUCAGACAAACUGGAACUCCAACUAAUUUCAUACCCAUCUCUUAAAUCUCAGCCAGUGAAAAACGCUGCUCUUUGCUUUAUGAUGAAUGAUGUGAACAAAAUGUGUUCGGAAAUUCCAGGCGGAGUUCGAAACAUUGGUGAGGGACAUUGGCAAGUGAAAGAUCCAGAAGGGAAUGCAGUUAUUCUAUAUAGUUUGUUAAAAUAGACUUGACUUUUUAGCUGAAGUAGAUGUAUAGCUUUUUAUAUCUUUACCUUAAUAUUAUUGAGGUGUACAUGUAUUUAGGUGUUUUAAAUUGCCCUUCUCUCAAGUGCUUUUCCUUCGCUUAGUCAAAGUCUCAACUGUAAAGCUUUACUAGUAGUUUGAAACAACUGCAGGGAUAAGGAAAAUUUGUGAAGUCUCACAGAUUUAGUGUGUUAGUGAUCUUCCUUGGUUGUUUUUCAUUUUGUAAGCAUCAGAAAAACUCAUUAUUUUUAUUUUUAUCUCUUCUGACCAUCUUUGCAGUGAAACAGAUCUUAGUCACACCUUUUUUUCUGUUUUUUUUUUUUUGUUGGAUUUCAAGAAAAUUUCUACGUUAUCAAAACAACUUUUAAGUUAUGACAUUCACAAAAUACCGAAAUACAAACUACAUAAACUGUUCAAACAUUGAAAAAUCAACAAGACAACAUGAAAGCACUGCACAGUCAAUAGCUUUUCUUUGAAUGGUCACACAGGAGGGUUAGCCACCAUGUACAAUGCGUUUUACGCUCUAUAGAAUAGAAAAGCGAAUCUUAAAUUCCACUGUUCAAAAAUCUGUUUUAAAGUAUGACAUUUCAACGACAGUGUUCGUUAAGAACGUUUUGUAAAAAGUUGCUUUUGUUGGCGCCUCCAACUCUUUACAUGUCUGGUAAGACUGGGUGUACAAAAGUCUAUUUUUCAGUUUAUUUUGAUUUAGAUAAGUCUUGUAAGUAUGUAGGUACGGUCAUCCUUAGUUGUAAAUCAUCUUAGGUCACCUUAAAAUAUUGUCAACAGUUGAAGUUAUAUUGAUGUUAAAUAAUAUUAGAUCUUCUGUGUUAUUUGAUUGUUAUGAAAAGGACUUGAAGUCGUAAAACAACAAGACAGCAAAACCAA